AUGAAGAAGAUAAAGAAUUUCCAGAUGGAGGACAGCAGUUCCACCGGUACUACUUCACAAUCAAACAAACCAGUGUCUGAAUUGGCAAAACUGCAGAAACUACAUGAGGAGAAAAUAUCCAAGAUUGAGGGGCUUAAAAAACAGAAAGAAGAACUGAAGACUCUAUUAGAGAAGAAGCUGACAGAGGAAACAAAGCCAUUUGACAAUUUGUGUGACAAAUACAACAAUCUUAGAGAUGAGUACAAUGCACUAUUGGCACGAGGGUCGGAGGAAAAAGAGUCACGUCGUUCCGUUCUACUUGUACGACAUCGUUUCCUGCAGACGGCAUUUGUUUGUACCCAAUGGCUCAUUCUCCAGUUCAUUCCUGAGGCCAUUCCCAUUUUCAAAAUGACAGAUCAUCGGGUGUUCGUUUUUGGAUCAUUUACAGAAGAGGAAUUAAGAUUCUUGCAGUGUGAGCCGUCACAGGAUAAUACAGAAAUCACAUUUGGUUCUUUGGAUACAGCAACUUUAAGAUCCGUGGGCAUUUCAAAUACUAGUCUGAAAGAGAUUUAUUCCCCUAAAGGAUAUGAGUUGUUGAAGCCAGCUAGAGUAGAAAAUGCUAAAAAUGUGUGCUCCAAUGAUACAUGUCCGGUUGAGGGUAAUAUCUCAAAAGAGCUGAAGCCUGUGUGUUUAAAUUCUGACAAUUCUUGGGGUUUGUCAAACCAGCGAAGUAUACAGCAGCCCAGCUGUGAGAGAGUUACUGAAUUGUCCUCCUCCUUGGACGAUGGAGUUUUGGAUGAUUCGACAGAAGGUUUUGACAUAGUGGAUUCCAACAAAAGUAUUGCCCAGGCAUCAAAUGGGCCAUAUUCAAUUGCUAAAAAAUUUCUACCUCGAGGUUUAAUCAACUUAGGGAAAUCUAUGCUUUCUCAAUGCAACCGUCCCUGCCCUUCUCUCUUGUUCUCCAUUCUUUGA